AUGCACUUCCGCCAGUGCCGUGCCUGCUUCGACGUUCUCGUCGGACCUUCGGUCGCCUGCGGCCACUGCGGCGCCGAGGUCCACGCGCACUGCAUGCAGGUCGUGAGCAUGACGCCCGUCUGCUACACCUGCCUGGGCGUUAGGGACAUGUUCCUCGCCCAGCGGCGCGCGACGUGGACGGGCCACAUGGCCUCGCAGAUGGGCCGCGCAGUCGCGAGCGGCAGCCUGCUCGCCGGCCAGGUGGUCGGCGCCACUGCCAUCGGCGUCGCCACUGGCGCCACGCGGCUGAUCAGCGGAGCCGUGGCUGGAGCGCGCCAGACCUUGAGCGGCGCGUCCAUGAUCGGCGGGCCCGCUCGCUUGGACACGCCCCAGGCGCUGCCGCAGCUUGCCGCCGGCCCGCCCAGCAUCAGCCAGGCCGCCGGCGAUGGCGACAGGGUCGCGGCUCUCGAGGCGGAGAUCGUGCGGCUCAGGGCCGAGCUCGAGUCGCGCGCCGGCGGGUACGCCACGCCAGGCGGAGGCAGCGGCGCUGGGCUGCUCGCGCCGGCGACGCCUCAGCCACAGGGGCCUGCAGGCGACGAUGCCGAGGAGGAGGACGAGGAGGAGGAAGCAGGGUUCCAGGCCGCUGCUGAGACUCCAGCUGCCGCCGGCACGGACGCCGUAGCCGCCGCAGCCUUGGCGCCGAAUGCCGGCGCUAUGCAGGAUUUCGCGGGCGCCGAUGGCGGCGGCCCGCAUUCGAUGGCGGGCGGCGCGGCCACUGGGUCCGCGGCCGCAGCCACCCUGAUGCAGCAAGGAUUGUUUGGCAUCGCCACGGCGGGUGCCAGCAGCCUGCAACCGCCGAUGCCGAGCACGUUCGGCGCGGCACCGCUGGCGAGCGGCGCGGCCACGGCUGCGGGCGCAUCCAGCACCGGGUUUGGCGCCGCUUUCGCGGGCGACCAGCCACCUCCAGGACUGGGCGCGGGCUGGCCAUGGGCUGGCAGUGGCGCUGCCGGCGCUGGAGGAUCAGGGAGCGGCGGGGUGCCACCGCCUCCGUCGCCAUGGCAUUUGCCACAGGCGGCCGCCGCCGUAGCAGCCGCCCAGCAGAUGGGCGCACUCGGCGGCAGGGCGAGCGGGCCGCCGCCGCCGCCGCCGCCGCCAUCCGGAGGCGCCGGUGCGAGCUCAGCGCCCGGCGACGGCGCUGCGGGAGCGGACGCGGGCCUCGCGUCGGUUCUGAGCAGAGUGAAGGGCGAGGACGUGCCGAAGCUUGUUUGGAGCAAGGGUACGUCCAAGGCCAGCGUCUACGAGGAGUGGAUGCAGAAGAGCACGCUGAAGAUCACGGGUCUGCACUCGACUAUCGAGUUGUGGUGGGGGUCGCUUCGGGCGAGCGUGGAGGCGGCGUACGAGGAGUACAUCUCCCUGGACCCGCUCCGUCGCCCAUUGAUCCGUCCUCAGAGCAGCUGGGCGGAGGCGCCUGGCAUGCGCGCGGUGGAGAUGAAGUUCCGCCCGCUGCUGUUGGAGGCCAUGCCGGAGACGAUCCAGUCCCAGGCACUGGCGACGCGCCAGCUGGCGCGCAGCGAGAUCGUCUUCGCUGCCGCCGUCGAGGCGGGGCCGGGGACGCUGAGGGACCGCGAAGCGACCCUCAAGGCCGUCGAACGCCGUGGCCUGCCAGGCGCUCCCCCCGUCGCCGAGUGCUACGCGGCGCUCCAGAGGUGGAAGUUCGAGUUGACUCGGCUUCAGAGGUUGGGCGCCACGGCCCCCGACCCCACCAUGCAGCUCUCCACGCUCAGGAGGCUGGUUGGGAAGAUGUGCGAGCACGAUCGCAGCUUCGAGCACUGGCUCUUCAGCUACGAGAUGUCGCGCGGCAUUUCCGGUGCCAGCUCGUGCAGCCAGGCUGCAGUCGACGAGUACUGGCGCUACCUGGCGGCCGAGGCGCGAGAGCUGAGCGGGGAGGAUUCGGCUGCUAAGGCGCCGAACGUGGCAGCCAAAGUGGCGGCCCUCGAACAGCAGAUCCGUCAGCAGACGCAGCACCAGCAGCAGACCAACGCCAGGUCCGACCCCAAAGCCAAGGCCAAGGCCAAGGUGAAGGCCAAGGCGAAGCCGGAGGCUAAGGGGAAGGGCAAGAGCGGCGAGCCUGGGCAGAGGCCCUGCCGAUUCUUCGAGUCCGAUGGCGGCUGCCGCAAUGGCGCCCAGUGUACCAGCCUCCACCGGAGGCCAGAGAAGUCAGAGGGAAAGUGCUUCAACUGCGGUGCCAUCGAUCACAAGAUCGACAGCUGCCCGCGGCCGCGCGCUGACCCCGCCGCCCGCGUCGCCAACGCAGGCGCGGCGGGAGAUGCAGCCGCGGCCGCCGCCGGAGCUUCUGGACCUCCUGCCGCCGGCGGUGGACAGCCAUCUGGGCCGCCUCCCGCGCUGCCCAAGACCGCCGAGGCUUUUGCGGCGGCUCUUCAGCAGGCCGAGGCUCGAGGCCGUUCCGAGGGAGGUCAGUUGAUGCUCAACUCGCUUGCUGCCCAGGGCAGCGGCGCGGGCGCGAGCGCCAGGCUCGCAGGCGGCGCCGAUGGCGAGGCCUUCUGGACUUCGCCAGCGGGGCCCCCGCCACCGCAUGCGAAGAUGGCGUUGCCGGCGGGCGACUUCGCAGCGCUGGAGCGAGCAGCGGCUGCUGCAGCGGCGCCGGCAAGCGCAUCGACGCUGAAACGCGACCAACUCGGUCGCCCGCUGCUUCUGGCGGACACGGGAGCCAGCCACGAGUUGGUGUCCUACGGCCACGUGGCGGGUGAACCAGCGUCACCACCAGUCGCAACUACGAGCGUGGAGCUCCAGAUUGCGACUGGCGGCCGGGAGGCGCAGCUCGGCGUGGAUGAGAAGCUAUACGUCUACUCGCCCACGGAGCUGCAGCCACUCUUCCCGCUCGCGGCGGUGAACGAGGAGCUCGGCCUGCAGAUGAAUUGGAGCCCGUCGAUUUGCGAGGUGCGGCUGCCGGAUGGCAGGACGAUCGACUUCAUCAGGGACGGCGGGUCCAUCUAUUUGGACGAGGACAGCGCCGACGUGCUGAGGCAGCUGAGGACCGCCAUGCGCGAGCGUCGGGCUCGCGCUGCGCUGGCCCGGGCAAUUGCAGCCGCGGUCAGCCUGCACGAUCUGGAGCGUCAUCGUGCCGAGGGCCACCCACGGUUCAUGGCGGAGCGCGGCGAGUGCCGACGAGCCGCAGGCCGGACGCGCCCGCACCUGAGGCUUGACCAGACGACGCGCCCGGGCGGGCAGCUGAGCGUGGAUCUGUCGGGCCCGCACCCGCCAGGGCGGUGGCCGAGCAGCUGGCAGGAGGAUCAGCCGCGCCGCGCCGUGUACUGCAUGGUGGCGGCUUUCGCUGUGUUCACCCGCAGCGACGCGGCAACCGCGGAGGAGAACGAGACCUUCGCGCGCGCCGCCGCGGAGCUCCAGGAUCCAAGCGCUUCAGAGCUCGCCGACCUGGAAGCAUCGCUACACCCGGAGGCUGCGGCUUCCGACGCGGCCAGCACGGUCGCGCAGCGCGCCGCCAUGAACGCCCGCCUCCUCAUCGCGGUCGCCCGGGCGCGAUCGCAGGAGGAGGCAAGGGAGGAUGAGCAGUGCAAGGACGUGCAAUUGCCAGCGGAGCCGAGGACAUGGUACUACGCCCGGCCGCUGGCAACGAAGACAGCGAGCGAGACGUUGGCGGCCAUGGAGUCCAUCAACGUCGAGGUCUGCGCGGAGCUUGGCUGCAAGGCGGUCUACCGCAUCCAUGCGGACCGAGCGGGUGAGCUGGCGGGGCCAGUCAUCAAGCGCGAGAUGGCCGCGCGCCACGACAUCGCGACCACCAGCACGGCCGGCGCGGAGCCGAACUCGAACGGCCGAGCUGAGCGAGCCGUUGGCCUGGUCAAGGGCAAGGCUCGCGCGAUGUUGCUGGCGCCCGUCUUCACGGCGGCCGACCGCCAGGCCCUAUGGCCAGCCGCGGUCUGCCACGCAGCGUGGUGUCAGAGACGCGCCGCGCAGGGACGCUCGUUCGCGGGUAUCCCUCCCUUCGGAGCCGCGGUGCACGCGCGCCUGAAGGAUCAGCAGGGGUCCUUCGAGCCCCGCGCGGUGCCGAGAGUGUACCUCGGCGCGGUGCCUGACGUUACGCACGGCGCGCUGCUGGGGCACAAGAAGGGCGGCGAGUGGCACUUCGAGGUCAGCUCGUCGUUCGUGGUGGACCGGGCAGCCGCCGACAGCAGCCCGGCAGGGCCGCCGGGCGCCGCCGCCGCGUCUGACCGUGUCGCGCUGCCCGCGCUGCCGCCUGGGCUCCCGCCAGGAGCCGGCGGGGCAGCAGCAGCGGAGGCUGGACCUACGGCAGCGGCCGCCGCCCUCGUGCUGCCCUCGGACCCUGUGGCGAUCGAGUCUGCUGCAGACCACGUCGAGGGUCGCUCCGACGACGUGCACGAUGAGCGUGGGGACGACCACGACGACGACGACACCGAGCUCCCGGCCUUCCAGGAGAUCGAUAAGGAGUCCGGUAUGCAGCCGGUGUCGACCGCCGAGAUUCGCGCGAGUUUCGGAGCCGAGAGGGAGGGCUGGCGACUUGCCCUCGACAGCGAGUUGUCCAGCCUGCGCUCCAAGGGGGCGUUCGAGGUGUUGACCGAGGCGGAAUCGGCCAUGGUCCCCAAGGGCAAGAUUAUCCCCAUGAAGGUCGCUGCUGGUACGAAGCCACCCCUGGCCGCAGAGCUGGAGCGCCGUAAGAAGGCGGGGAGGUGGAGCUGCGCCGCGCUGGACGUCGCCACCGCCUUCCUGAACGCGCCUCUGCCGGAGGAGGUGGGGGACAUAGUGGUUCGACCUCCUUCAAUCUUCAACCAUUUUGGUUUGAUCCAGCCGGGUGAGCUUUGGCGCGUGCGGCAGGCGAUUUACGGCCUCCGCAUUGCGCCGAAGGCAUGGGGCGACAAGAGAGACCGCCAGAUGAGGGCCAUGAACAUCAAGUACUUGGGCGAAACGUGCACGCUGAGGCAGUCGCACGUCGACCCUUGCCUGUGGUCCGUCGUCGCCGUGUCGGGCAAGGUAGCGGGGUACGUGUGCGUGUACGUCGACGACUUCGCCCUCUUCGGCUUGGACGCGGUGGUGUCCGAGCUCGGGCGCCUGAUGUCGGAGACGUGGAAGUGCAGUGUGCAAUCGCUGAUUUCGUUCAGCGCUCCAGGGACCAUCAAGUACCUCUCCCUGUCCAUUGAGGCUCGGCCCGACGGGCACUACGUGCACCAGUACGAGCACACCAACGAUCUGCUUGAGAAGUGGGGCCUGGACCGCGGCAACUCCGCCGGCACGAUCGCCAUCGAGCCGCUCCCGGCCGGCGAUCCCGAGCUGCAGGGCCAGGAGGAGCCGGAGAUCGCGGAUAUUAGGCUGGCGCAGAAAAUGUCAGGCAUUGCCGCUUAUUUUCACGAUUGCCUCAUUGACUGGCGCUCCUCGAAGCAGCCGCAGCCCCCGCGCAGCACCGCCGAAGCGGAAGUGACCGCUCUGGCGAUGGGCGGCCUGGUGCUGGAGGGCACCGAAGCCGUCUUGAACUCUAUGUUCGCGCAGCCUGAGGUCACCAAGAUGUGGGGUGACAACUCGGCUAGCCUGUGCAUUUUCCAAGGGCACGGGUCAUGGCGGACCCGCUGCCUAGCCAAUCGUGCCGCGGCCAUUCGUGCCAGGGUCGAGGCAAAGUUACUCGACCUUGGGCACGUGCCCUCAGAGGAGCAGCGCGCCGAUGGAUUGACGAAGACUUUCAGCGUCCCCGGAAUGACCAAAAUCCGGGCGCAUUUUGGACUCAAGGACAUCACAACCGUGGUGAAGCCCGGAGAUGAGGUGAAGGUCCGCGUCCUGGCCGUGGACGUGGAGGCAGGCAAGCUUAGCCUGACGAUGAAGGAGGUCGGCGCGCCGGCCAACAAGCGCGAGGAGAUGCUCCUGCAGUUCAAAGACGUCAGCGCCGACACGUGGCUGCCGGGCAAGGUCAAGUCCUUCUCGGACUUUGGCGCCUUUGUCGAGGUGACGCCGCCUGGUGCCGAUGGCACGCCAGUCGACGGCAUGGUGCACAUCUCCCAGAUCGCGGAGGACCCGGUCGAGGACCCGCAGGAGGUGCUGGAGCAGGACCAGGAGGUCAUGGUGCGGGUGCUGCAGCUGACCGACGGCAAGAUGAGCCUCAGCAUGGUGCCCUCCGAGGCGUCUGGACCGGUGCCUGCACCAGCACCAGCCUGAACGCGGGGGCGCACCUGAUUGCCGCAAGCAGUCUAGGGUAGUGUCGGUCGCGGCCUACCUGAGGGAGCGCUUGCUCGCAAUAGUCGUAUCCGAACCUCAGCACCAGCCUCCUCCAUCUCAUCAUCUCGUGUACUCAAUUGUUUCUCUCGCCCACGUCUCCUUCCGAUCUCCCCUCGCCUGGCAACGCAGCCUUCGACAACGCGGCCUCCUGUUUAAUGUGAGGGUCGCACGUUCUGUCGUGCUGCAGUUUUCGGAAUGCGCGAGCAUUCUCAAUUGGGCACUUUUCUGUUCGGCCUGACAUAUUAUGUCGCCCGCCCAUACCUCGCUUAACUGUCUUCGACGCUGCUGUGUGGGAUGUGGCUGUUCACGCAGUUCUUCUUCCCCCUCCUCCCAGACUCGCACUCGUUGCCCUUCGCACGAUGCCGAGGGGCCGCGCCGGCUCAACCGAGCUCGCGGCGUCAGGCCUCGCAGCUUGGCACGGCCGCCAAAAAAUGUCCCUCCUCCCCCCGAAGAACUUGGCAUCGCUCGGACGUGUGCAUUUU